GGAUUUCAGUCAAUCUAAAUCUUUUCAAGCAAUCAUGGAACGAUUCUGGGCAGUAGGAGUUCUUCUUUUGGCCGGCGUGAUUUUAGUCGAAGCCUGUAAUUACUGCGUUUCAAAGGAACAGUGUCAAAAAGAAAUGUCAAUACCUUACUUCUUUUGUUCUACGACUCAAGUCUGUUGUGAAGUUCUCCGUUCCAAUUCGCCGGACACGGAUGCAGGAUAUGGGGGAAAAGGAUCCGAGAAAGAAAUCAAAAACGUUCCUAUUACCCCUUUUCCAGGCUCAGAACGCCCUCCGCCACCAGCUGUUACACAAGUGCAGGGAUUGAGUAAUUCAUGUGGAUUGGGUGUCAGGAAAAAUGUUACCGAUACACAAUCGAAGCCUGGCCAAUUUCCCUGGGUGGUGGCUGUGUUCAACAGAUCAGAUCAGUACUAUGCGGGCGGAACCCUGAUCUCCGCCGGAGUUGUGCUAACAGCAGCCCAUCGCGUGUCGCAUUUGGGGCCCGAACAAAUUUAUGUCAGAGCUGGCUUAUGGAAUUUAGAAUCCACAACGAAGCCCUUUCUGUCUGAAGCCCGCGAUGUGGACAGGAUAGAGAGCCACGAACUCUUUGAUUAUGAAAGUGCGGCCAAUAACUUGGCGCUUCUCUUCCUUAACACCCCGUUCGAGUUAGAGGACCACAUCAAGACUAUCAGGUUGCCUUCGUCAAAUAAAGCCAUCGAAGGACAGUUCUGCACGUUGGCCGGUUGGGCAUGGCCAUCAAGGAUCAGGACACAGGAUCAAGGCAUUAUGAAGAAAAUGGGAUUAAGCAUUUUGGACAGAAACACAUGUCAGAAUCAGUUGAGAAGGGCCGUGGACAUGGGCAACGAUUUUACUCUGCCCCAGAGUCUGAUUUGCACCGGAGGUUUGCCUGACCGACAAGUCAGCUUGGCUGGUGGAUCUGCAUUGUUCUGUUCCAUCGAUGAAAAAAAUCCGGAUAUCUACGAGCAGGUUGGCAUCGUGUCCUGGAUCAAGGAUUGUGGCCAGGACUGUGUUAUCGAAACCUAUACCGAUGUUUUUAUGUUCAGGGAGUGGAUUAGAAGCCGUAUAGGAAUGCAUUCAUGCAUUAACAACAUAUAAAUGUUUUCAGGACCCUAAAAAAGGUUUUGGGAAAAACUGAAAAGUCCCAAAAAUCUUGUUUUGCGUAUACACUUUUAAGGAACUUUCGGAUUUUAACUAAUGAGGUGUCGUACGACGCGAAUUUUUAGUAAGAACACAACUUGGCUAAUAAACUGGGACGUUUGUCUCCAAUGGUCUGAAAA